AAAUGUCCAAAGUUCCACGUGAUACUGUCGAGAUUGGUAUUAGAGAAUUGAAUUCAUGGGUUGGUUGGGAGAAGGAUACAGAGAACGAGCACGUUACUUUGUAUUGCAAGAAGGUUUACAAGGAAUUGUCAAAUCCGAGCAUUAAAUUUACUGGAGUUGUCAAUUAUCCUCUUGAUGAAGUUUUCGAAGUCUCUAGAAAUGUAAAGUACAGAAUCCACAUGAAUGAAACAACAGUUGAAGCUAAAUGGGUUGAAGAACCUCAACAAGAUUCCGAAGGAAAGUCCUAUGAUGUUUUCUAUACUCGUCUUAAGGGUCCAAAUGCCCUUGUUUCUCAUCGUGAUUUUAUCAUUGCUCGUGAAUGGUGGUAUGAUGAAGCAAAUAAGGCAUGGUGGAUGAUUAUGAGAAGUAUUCCAUAUGAUGGACCUCAAGGAAAGGAAGUUAGUGGAGUGAUUAGAGGAGAAUUUGUGAUUCAAGCUUUCAAAUUUGAAUCUGUAAAUGAUGGAAAAGCAACCAAGUUCACUAUUAUGGCUCAAGUUGAGUAUGGAGGUUGGCUUCCAUCAGGUGUUAUUGGUUUCUUCCAAAAGAAAAUUCCAUUAGAUAUGAAAGAUAAAUUGGAAGCUGGUGUUAUUGCUUUGAAAAAGGAUAGACUCCCACCUUUGCCAAACAAAAAGUAGAAGCAAAGUUAUUUCAAAUAUUAGUAUUUAAUCAAAUAUCUGUAAAUAAUUGUAUCAUAAAGUAUCUGUCACAAAUC